AAAGCAGAGAGGCCAUAAUGAAGACAGCUGCCAAGGGUUUUGGGAAGUCAGUAAUGGAGCCAUUGCAGUGUGAAAGCCGGUGGAGCAAACGGGUAGUACUAAUAGUGUAUGUGAUCCUGGAGCUUCUCUCUGUCCAUUCUCCAAUGGCUCUGGGGACUCUUGAGCUCCAGCUAGAUGAAGAGCAACCAGCAGGAACAAUUGUUGGUGACAUCAGUGCAGGACUUCCACCAGGCGUCACGGCAUCUUUGUACUUCAUCUCAGACCACGAGGGCACAGGAGUGGGCAGCGACUUGGACAUAGAUGAAAGUACAGGCAUAAUAAAAACAGCCAAAGUCCUGGACAGAGAAUUGAGGGAUCGAUACAACUUCAUUGCGGUCACCAUGACUGGUGUGACUGUUGAGGUGACGAUUAAGGUGAAUGACAUAAAUGAUCAUGCGCCGAAGUUUCCCAGAAAACAGGUCACGUUUCAAAUCCCCGAGCAGACAGCUAUCGGCACUCGGUUUCCUCUGGAGCCAGCUGUUGAUAGUGAUAAAGGGCAGCUGACGACACAGGGUUACCUUAUCAAGGAUGGAAAUGUUGGCCAAGCGUUCACUUUGGAGACCAGGAGAGGAAGCAGUGAGGUUCUCUUUCUGGAUUUAGUAGUUAACGCCAUGCUAGACAGAGAGAAAAGAUCCACAUAUACCUUAUCUUUGGAAGCCUUUGAUGGUGGUUCCCCGAAAAGGACUGAUCAGAUGAUACUAGAUAUUACUGUACAAGACAUCAAUGACAACGCUCCUGUUUUCAACCAGAGCCGCUACCAUGCUAUUAUAUCUGAGAACCUCCAACCGGGGAGUAAUAUUCUGCAGGUGUUUGCCACAGAUGCUGAUGAGGGCGAUAAUGGGAUGGUGCUGUAUGAAAUCAACAGGCGGCAAAGUGAUCCGGAUCGUUACUUCGUCAUAGAUUCUCGCACCGGAGUCAUCACCCUCAACAAACCACUAGACUUUGAAAUGAGGAGAGUCCACGAGUUGGUGGUCCAAGCUCAAGACAACGCCACCCACCCCGAAGUGACCAACGCGUUCGUCACCAUCCACGUCAGGGACUACAACGACAACCAGCCCACGAUGACCAUCAUCUUCCUCAGUGAGGAUGGAUCUCCCAGAAUCUCGGAGGGGGCACAGCCAGGCCAGUAUGUUGCCCGGAUCUCAGUCACUGAUCCAGAUUAUGGAGAGUAUGCCAACGUCAACGUUUCACUGGAAGGAGGGGAUGGAAAGUUUGCCUUGACCACAAAGGAUAGCAUCAUCUAUCUCAUCUGUGUGGAUCAGAUUCUUGACCGGGAGGAGCGGGACAACUACGAGCUGAGGGUGAUGGCGACAGACUCGGGCACGCCUCCUCUCAGGGCCGAGUCCUCCUUUGUCAUCCAAGUGACUGACGAGAACGACAACCCUCCUCUGUUUGACCAGUUGGUGUACAGACAGGUAAUCCCUGAGGUGGUGUUUCCUGGCAGCUUUGUGCUACAGGUAACAGCUCGAGACAAAGACCAGGGGCCCAAUGGGGACAUCAGCUAUAGCAUCCUACAAGACCAGAGUGCUUACUACAGCUGGUUCAGUAUAGAUUCUAUUACGGGCAUCAUCACGACUCUCUCCCAGCUGGAUUAUGAAAAAAACCCUAAUCCCAGUAUAACUGUGGUGGCCACAGAUGGAGGGAAGCCACCUCUUUCCUCCACAGCGGUGGUAAACAUUGUACUUCAGGAUGUAAAUGACAACGAACCCGCGUUUGAGAAAAACCUCUACAACGUGUCAAUAAAGGAGAACACAGCCCCGGGGACCUGCAUUCUGGAGGUUACUGCAACAGACGCAGACGGCGGCUCCUUUGGCUCCGUCACUUACUCCCUCGGCUCUGGCAUCAACAGUGUUGUUCCGUCUCAGUUCACCAUUGGCAAGGAGACCGGCCAGAUCUGCACUAGCGCUGCAUUAGACAGAGAUCAAGGGCCAGUCAGCUUCGACUUCACGGUUACAGCCGUGGAUGGGGGUGGACUGAGCUCAGUAGCCUAUGUGAAGGUAGAUCUGGUUGACAUUAAUGAUAACAGACCGGUUUUCUACCCGCUCAGUUAUGCAGUGAGUUUGAGCACGCAGAGCGCUCCUGGGACGUCUGUCGUCAGAGUGACGGCCUACGACCUGGACUCGGGCGAGAAUGGAAAAAUUACAUACAAAACAGUCCCUGGAGGGGCUUCCCCAUUCUUCACACUCAACAAAGACACAGGUGUGAUCUCCCUGUCUCGCUCCGUCUAUGGGAAGGCCAAUUCCAUCAUCCCCAUGGUCAUCUCCGCCCAGGACGGUGGCGGUUUGUCUGCCUCCGUCAAUGCCAGAGUCAACAUUAGCGUUGUGGCGGGGCUGGUGGCGCCACCCGUCUUUGAACAGACUCAGUACUACUUCACUGUGUCCGAGGACGCCUUGCGAGGAACAGUCGUCGGCAACGUGAAGGCCAGCGUCAAGACAGACAACAGUAAAGAAGUCUCCUACACCAUCAGCUCUGGGGACCCGACAGGGUACUUCACCGUGGAUCCUGACACCGGAGCUUUAAGGACCAGUCUUCCCCUCGAUCAUGAAGCCCAGCCGGCUUUGUACCUGGAGGUGCAGGCCAGGAGUGGAAAUCCACCAGCGUUUGGACACACCAGAGUCCAGAUCACCAUAGCAGACAUCAACGACAACCCUCCCGUUUUCAUACCUUCCUCCUCGGAGUCCUUGCUGCUGCCAGAGUACACAGAGAUGGGCACGGUGGUCUACAGGGUCCGAGCUGAAGACCUAGACUCAGGAGUGAACGGACAGCUGACCUUCGACCUGUUUUCUCCAAGUGGAAUCCAGAGGAUCUUCAGUAUGGACCGCAGCAGUGGAGAGAUUCGCCUGGUGGGCAGCCUGUCCUAUGAAAACACCCCUCGCUAUGACCUACAGGUGAUUGCCAAGGACAGCGGAGUGCCGCAGCUCAGCGCCACUUUCAUGCUUGUAGUUCAUGUUCAGGCAGAGAACGACCAGGGGCCUGUGUUCGAUACCCUCACCUACCGCGUGGAGCUCAAAGAGGGAACUCCGAUAAGCACGCGCUUCCUGCAAGUCAGAGCUUUGAACAGGGAAGCUGCCGGCGCGGGUCACUCCAGCGCUCUGGCUUAUCAUCUGCGUCCAGACGGAGACGCAGCCGGGUUUGGCAUUGCCGCAGACAGCGGCUGGCUGUUUGUGAAGAGCGCCCUGGACAGAGAAGUCAAAGAAAUGUACCUUCUGACCGUUCUGGCCAGCGCAGGGCAUGGGCAGCUGAAGAAGACGGGCAGCGCCACGGUGCGGAUAUCGGUGACCGAUGAGAACGAUAACUCACCUCGGCUCACCCAGGAGAGGGUCUUCAUGGCGGUGAGGGAGAACCUGCCUCCGGGAACGGGCUUCGGUCACGUCUUGGCCACAGAUCGAGACAGCGGCCCCAACGGACGCCUCAACUACCGCUUCCUGCAUCCAGAUCGCCACUUCCAGAUAAACAGUAACACGGGUGAGAUCAGCACAAGGAUGACUCUGGAUCGAGAGCAGCAGUCGAGCUACCAGCUGGUGGUGGUGGUGCAGGACGGGGGCUCGCCCCCGCAUAGCGCCACGGGCACAGCCUUCAUCACUGUUCUGGAUGACAAUGACAACCAGCCUGCUUUUACACACACUCAGUCAGGGAAACACAUCAUCAUACAGGUGACAGAAAGUCAGUCUUCCGGGGUCGUGCUGGGGACACUGCAGGCCAAAGACCCUGAUGAAGGGGAGAACGGCACUGUGUUCUACUCUCUGUCAGGGCCACGGGCCGAGCGUUUCUCUUUGAACCCCAGCACGGGUGAGCUGCGCUCGUCCUCCCCUCUCAGCCACUCGGAACGGGCCGAGUACGCCCUGACGGUGACGGCCACUGACAGAGGACUGCCCCCUCGCAGCACCUCCUGCUCCCUCAUCGUUCAGGUAAUCAGCAUGAACAGACCUCCAACAAAGACCAACUCGCUCUCCCUGUCCUUCAACUCGGUGGAGGAGGCCAAGCCCGGCUCCGUCGUGGGCUCGGUGCGCCUGCACGACCGCGGGCCGUCGGCGGAGGGCGAGGUGACCUACACGGUGGUGGGGGGUACGGAUCGAGACGGGACCUUCGUGGUGGACCGUCUGACCGGGGACGUCUUCCUGGCUCGUCCUCUCGACUAUGAGCGGGACGCGCGGUACAGCUUGCAGAUCGAGGUGGACGACUUCUCGCGGGCUCCUCCCAGCAGCACCCUCGUUCACCUGGACAUCGACAUAGAAGACAGCAACGACCACACUCCGCAGUUCCCCGAGGACCCCAUCACGGUGGUCAUCUCUGAGAGCAUGGAGCCCGGCUCGUCCCUCUAUACUUUCCAGGCACAGGAUAAGGACGGCAGCGGGCCCAACAGCGAGCUGGUGUAUUCCAUUCUCCACCAGUCGCCGGACGUCUCCGGGCUGCUGUCCCUCGACCCCUCGACUGGGGUUCUGUCUCUGGACCGGCAGUUGGACCACGAGGCCACCUCCAGUCUGAUCCUGGUCGUCAGGGCGACGGAUUCGGCCCCCGAUGUCGGCGAAAGGCGCUGGAGCUCCGUCACGGCCAGGAUAUACAUAACCGACGAGAACGACAAUCCGCCCGCGUUCAUAUCGCCGACGGCCGUGAGCGUGAUGGAGGACCAGCCGGUGGGCUUCGUGGUCCUCUACGUCAUGGCCAGGGACGCCGACCAAGGAGAGAACGGCCGGGUGACUUACAGGAUCCAGUCAGGAAACACUGCAGGGACGUUCAGCCUCAACCCAAACACUGGCUCCCUGUCUAUUUUCAAACCUCUGGACCGUGAGGAGCAGGACAUCUUCAACCUCACGGUAAUUGCCGAGGAUCAUGGGAUACCCCAGCACUCGUCCAGCCAGCUGCUCUGUGUCCAUGUGAUUGAUGUUAACGAUGAGGCGCCCUGGUUCGAGGAGGGCCAGUACGAGGCUCAGGUCUCGGAGAACCAACCUGCAGGAACGAGUGUGCUGACAGUGUCUGCCUCUGAUCUCGACCAAGGAUCCAAUGGGCAGGUGACAUAUGGAGGCAUCUCACACGAUGGUUUUAGCAUCAAUCCAGUCACAGGUGUCAUAACAACCACUAAGUCUCUGGACAGAGAAGUUCAGGACGUCUACUCUGUCACAGUUUAUGCAAAAGAUGGAGGCCUCCCACCAAACUAUGCUAAAGCCACAGUGAAUAUCAACGUGCUGGAUGUCAAUGACAACGCCCCUGUUUUUGGACGUCUCUACUACACCAUCGAGGUGCCUGAAAACAUGAAGGCGUUACCGCUGUUCACCCUGAGAGCCACUGACCCGGACGCAGGAGACAGCCAGAAGAUUGUCUAUAGAAUUGCAGCUGGAGAUCCAUCUGGAGAUUUCCGUCUGGACAGCCACUCAGGAGUAUUGUCCACUGCGAGGCCUUUGGACCGAGAGAAGACAGCUGGUUAUACCUUGACGGUCAUAGCGCAGGACCGGGGCCAGCCUGCACUGAGCAGCACCGCCACUGUGGAGGUGGCAGUUCUGGACAUGAAUGACCACAGCCCCCAGUUCCAGAGCAGCAGCUACACCGCGGACAUCUCUGAAGACGUUCCCAUCGGCUCGCUGGUCCUUGAGGUGAAAGCCGUCGACUUGGACUCGGGCGCUAACAGCCAGGUGAUGUACUUUCUGAGCCGGGGCUCUCAGAGCAUGUUCAUCAUCGAUCAGAGCACCGGCCGCAUCAUCACGGCCGCACUGCUCGACCGAGAGAGAACGGCCUCUUACACCUUCGAGGUGUACGCCAUCGACUCUUCGCCUGCCAACCCACACAACUCCACCGCCCAGGUGACGAUCUACAUCCAGGAUGUGAACGACAACGCGCCUUUCUUCAUCCAGGAUCCUCUCAUUGUGAACAUCUCCACCAGUAGUGUGUCCAGCCGCAGAGUGUUGGCCACCAUGAGGGCCGAGGACAAAGACUUUGGGGCUAACGGGUCUGUUUUUUACCGCUUUGCCAACCCUGUGAGGGGCUUCACCAUUAACUCUCUGACAGGAGACAUUCAGGCCACAGAGAAGCUGCAGACUCUGACUCAAAGCCAGAGGACGUUGAUCGUUCAGGCCAUGGACCAGGGAAGCCCGGCUCAGUCUUCCUUAGGGGUGGUUAUCGUUUAUAUCCGGGAGCAGAGCUACAGGGGAAUUCGCUUCUCCCGCGCAGCAAGAGAUGUCAGUCUCCAGGAAAAUGCCGCUCAAGGCACCAUCGUAACACAAACUCAAGCUCAGUACCCCGAUGGCUCCAAAACUGGCAUCAGCUACAGCAUUUUCAGUGGAAACAGAAUGCAAUCUUUUGGAAUAAACCCCAUUACUGGUGAAGUCUGGGUCCAGAAAUCUGAAGGCCUUGACUAUGAGGAGACCCCAAAACUCCGCCUUGUGGUGAAAGCUGAGACGGCGUCCUCCAGCUCCUACAUGGCUGUCAACUUAAUCCUGCAGGACAUAAAUGACAACUUGCCACGUUUCCAACUCCAGAACUAUGUGGCUUACAUCAGAGAGGCACAAGGCUACGAUUUCCCCAUUAUCCAGGUUGCAGCAGAUGAUCGGGACCAGGGUCAGAACGGUCAGGUGACGUACUCCAUCCGGUCAUCAUCCAUAAGUGGCUUGUUUAAAAUAGACCCACUGACUGGCAGCGUCACCACCGCAGCUAUAAUGGACAGAGAAAUCUGGACUCAGACAAAGCUUGUUGUUACGGCAACAGACCGGGGAACCCCACGGCUCGCCGGCUCCGCCACCCUCACGGUCAUCAUUAUCGACCUCAACGACAACAGUCCCAUGAUUCCCCUGCCUCGCAACAUCCGAGUGCCUGAGGAUACUCUCAUAGGCACAGUUAUCACCCAGGUGAGCGGAAACGAUGUGGAUUCUGGGCCGCCCCUCUUUUAUACACUACAUACGGAUGUCAAUAGCCAAGGCAUGUUUGGAAUCCAUCGUUACGGAGGAGGUGUGUCUCUGACCGGCGCUCUGGACUAUGAAGAGAGGACUUGGUACACUCUGACAGUUCGCUCAUCUGACUCCAAACAUCAAAGCGAGGCCAACCUGACCGUGCUGGUGGAUGAUGUGAACGAUAAUGCCCCCAGCUUUACUCAAGAUCUGUAUCAGGUAACGGUUUCAGAGCAUCUCCCAGCAGGCAGUGCGGUCAUCACAGUCACAGCCACGGACCGCGACUCUGGGGAAAACGGAAAGAUCACUUACAGAAUAAUGUCCUCAACUAAGGGUGUCUUCUACAUUGACCCAAACAAUGGUACUCUGUUCGUCAAGCAGAAAACAGAGUUUGAUUUUGAGAAUCCUUCCAUCCUGGUGGUAAUAGAGGCACGGGAUCAGGGUACUCCAUCUCUUUCCUCCGUUGCUACUGUCCAAGUACAAGUGUCUGAUGUCAACGACAACGCCCCCAUCUUCCACCAGUCGGAGUACAGGGCCACCUUGUCUGAAGAUGGACUUCCUGGAUCUACCAUUCUGACCUUAGAAGCCGUCGAUGGAGACCUCUUUCGGGACAACUGUGGUUUUGAUUUUGCCAUAGCCAGUGGCAACGCGGGUAAUGCCUUCCAGAUUGAAAGCAGCGUGCGGUUCCUGGAAGGGCGGGGUUUCCAGACAGUCGGCAGUCUGAUCCUGGUGGAGAAGCUGGACUUUGAAGCGGUGGCCAAUUACAACCUGACUGUUGUGGUGUCGGAUCGUGGGAUCCCUCAGCGUAGCUCCAGCGUGCCUAUCCUUAUAAGUAUCACGGAUGCCAACGACAACCCUCCAGCCUUCAGCAGAAGCGAGUAUAACGUGGUACUGAGUGAGGGAACCGCGGCAGGGACCGAGAUCUUACACUUAUCUGCCACUGAUCCCGACUCUGCUCCCAACGGAGAGGUGCAGUACUCGAUAAGCUCAGGGGAUGACACCGGGCUUUUUCAGGUGGACCAGUGGACCGGAUCUUUGAGACUGCACAGACCUCUAGACAGCGAGACAAAGUUGUCCCAUACGAUCGUUGUCCAGGCUUCUGAUGGUCAGGGACACUACACUUUAGCUCCAGUCAGUAUAGAAGUCAAGGACAUUAAUGAUAACCGGCCAUUCUUUCCCCUGAAACAAGUAACUGCAAGUGUCAGGGAAAACCAGCCCUACAACACCUUAGUUACCAUGCUGCAUGCUAUUGAUCAUGACAGAGGUGUUUUUGGACAGCUGAGGUAUCACAUGUUGGAUACCUCCAAAGAGGGAAGAGAGGGAUUCCUCAUCAAUCAGACUUCCGGUGAAGUGCGCACUCGCUCCACUUUUGACUUUGAGAGGGUUCACUCCUUCCAUUUCGUGGCUGUUGCUGUCGAUUCUGGAAACUAUUCUGCUACUGUGUCCGUUCAGGUUUAUGUUACGGGGGAGGAUGAAUAUGAUCCUGUUUUUACCUCCUCCGAGUUCUCAUUUGAAGUGCCUGAGGGAGCAAAGAAAGGUGAAAUCAUUGGCAAAGUACAAGCCAGAGACGAGGACGGAGGCGUGGAUGGUAUUGUCCUCUACACGUUAUCCGAUCAAUCACCUUACUUUGAGCUUAAUAAAUCAACUGGGGCCAUUUCUUUAAAGAUGGACAGCUACAGUAGACAUGCGAGUCGCUCUAAAAGAGAAGUACGCCUGAUGACACUGGAUGUGACCGCUCACAGUCCUCUGGAGGCGUCUCGGACCGCAGCCACCAAAGUCACCAUUGAUGUGAGCCAUACGUCCUUCGGCCUCCCCACGGACAUGAAUAUGCUGCUUAUCAGCGUGAUCGCAGUUUCACUCGGGACCAUAGUGAUCCUGAUAAUAAUUGCUGUGGCACUGUUUUUUGUUAAAUUAAGACGUCGGAAGAAGGAACGAAAAGCACAUCAGCGAACAGCGUUGUCAGGCACUCUGCUGCACAAGUUUGAGGAGACAAAGAUCGCGGCGAAUGAGAUGAUUUACCAUCAAGCCCUUCCUGGAUACGCAGCUGAGCCGACUGGCGGCAGCGGGGGUCCCUUCACUCGUGGCGGAUCCCUGGACCCCUCGCACUCCAGCGGUCGUGGCUCUGCGGAGGCGGAGGCGGCCGAGGACGACGAGAUCAGAAUGAUUAACGAAUACCCUCGAGUCUCUAGUAUCUCUUCCUCAAUGCAGGAGCGCAUAUCUGCCCGAGGUCCUGACUCUGGAAUCCAGCAGGACGCCGACCAGCUGUCGGACGUGUCUGGCGAACCCUCCAUAGACUGGUUCAAAGGCAAAAAGCUCGGUAGUCUGAAUGGGACUCUAUUAGCUGGCCAGGUGCCAGUCUACCGGGACGAGGGCGGAGGGUACGUGGGCGUGGGAAGAGGACUCAGCAUCUCCCGCCCUAAAGACUACACCUUCCCUGAGGAUGGAAAGCCGGCGGUGGACGGCUCACUGACAGCCAUCGUGGCCAGCGACGAGGAGCUGAGGGGCAGCUACAACUGGGACUACCUGCUAAACUGGUGUCCGCAGUUCCAGCCCUUAGCAAAUGUGUUCACUGAAAUAGCACGUUUAAAAGAUGAAACUGCUCCCAAUCAAAACCGCAGGUCAUUCAGUCAUAAAGUUAAAGCAGAGUCAAGAAUUGACCCGCCCCCUCUCAUAACUUCAGUUGCCCACCCGGGGGCUAAAACUGUGCCCCCGAAGCCCGCGGUAGGGCGGACGUUCCCCCAUUUGGCUUCUUUACGGAGAUCUCCCCUCAGCGCUGAGGGAUCCAUCUCGUCGGUUGCGAUGUCUCCAAGCUUCUCCCCCUCUCUUUCACCGCUGGCAGCUCGCUCUCCUGCAAUUACGCCCUUCAGCGUUUCGCAGGGCCCCUCGGCCUCCGUGAUCAGCACAACUGAACACCAUUUGGAGCACAGCGAAGAGGCAGAACUGAGGAUUUAGGUCCCCGACGGUGAAACUGAUUCACUGCUGUCCCACACUCGUUCUACUGUAUUGUCACGGGAGCAGCAACCUGAAUGAGUCAACGCGAUUCUCUGUAGAACAAGAAUAAGAUGUCCAAAUAGCUGUGGUGCUUCUUGAAUUAAAACGACAGACUAACAGGCCAAAAAAGGACUAUGCCUUUGUGUGUAGGUGUCUGUGUCUGUGUGUGUGAAUGGGUGUGCGUGUUUAUGCCUGUAUGGAAGAAACUUGUUUUUGUGUUGAUGCGUGUUUAAUUUGCACAUUUGAAUGGAGAUUCAUACAUGAUGUCAAUAUUUUGUACAAAAGCAUUGUUUAUAUUUUUAUACUUCCAUAAAAUGCAUUAAAGUGUCCAAAGGUUGCCAAACCUUCAGACUGUUUCAACAUUUGUAUAUUUGUAGCUUGUACUGUAUACUUGUCUGUACUGUAAGUUUGUGGUUUCUCCUGUAAUUAUUAACCUUGUGGAUUUGAUCUCCUUGUUAAUGCUUUAUGGACUGGGAGUCUCAUAGGAGAUAAUUGUAAAUAUUGAUAGAAGAGGCAUAGUUGCUUUAACAAAUGAAACAUCAGUCAGAAUAGAUUAUUGUGCGAUAAGAUUUUCUUAGAAUCAAAUGCUUGAUCUCUGGUUGUGAAAUAAUGAACCAUAAUAUUCAUCUCUUUCAUAUCCAACUAAGAAAAUUCAAACUUGACACAUUGCGGAGUCUGUUGGCUUUCAUUUUUCACAACCAGCCUUACUGCUUUUCAUUCUGCAUUGCAAAAGUAUUCGUCAAAGAGCACCGAGCAGCUGUGACAAUUGUUGGAAUAAUUUGUUCAAUCAACAGCAUAAUCCUUAGCCAGCCUUUGUCUUGCCAUAAAUUAUUCCUGAGAAAAAUGUUGAAGAAAUAAACUGUAAGUUUGAGCUAUUGCAACACUGAAAGUUGCAGCAGGUUUCUCAUGUUUCUGUCUGUAUAAGUUUUCUCGUAUUGAUUUACUGACAAACUUCGAUGAAUGUUUUUUAACCGCAUUGCUCCCCUCUUGUCAGUAGAACUAAACAGAAUGAAACUAACAAUGAAGUAUUAGGAAGAUAUGAAUAUUUAUUUCCGAAUGUUCAAACACCACCAGAGAAUGUUCCACUUAAUGUUUUUACACAGAUGCCUAUGCCGCAAGAUAUUAAUAUCCAUAAUUUUGUUUUUUCCGCAGUCUUUAAAAAAAAAAAAAAACAAUGUGCCAAAUCUGUAACUACCUAGUGUCUUUGCUUAAUCCCCACUUCCAGGCUGUAAUGAUAUCAAACAUUCAGCACCUCAGAAACGGAGGGGCUUGGUAAAUCAUUUACAGGGAUGCUAUUUUGCCCAUGGCCAAAUAUACAUGCACACUACCUAUUUAAUGAAGUUACCUUCUCGUUUGUAUUGUUUUGUAUUUAACAGUAUUACCUGCCACUCACAUUUCUUGGUUGUCCAAACUGUGUACGCCUUUGUAAAUCCUUACAUGUUCACACAUAUCAUUCAUGGCUUGUCCGGAGAAAUGUUUUCAG